UAAUUAUUUGCGAGAGCGAUCACGUGAUCUAAAAUCGAGUUCUUCGUUUGCGGCCACGAGGUUUUGUGUGGUGAAAAUUGAGUUUACCGGGUGGAAAAGCACCUCGAUUUUUGUAUUUAUACAAAAAUGCCCUCCAGCAAUCCUCUUCCGCCCAAAGAAAAUGCAUUGUUUAAGAGAAUUUUGAGGUGUUAUGAGCACAAACAGUAUAAAAAUGGCUUGAAAUUUGCCAAGCAAAUCUUGUCAAACACCAAGUUCAGUGAACAUGGAGAGACUUUGGCGAUGAAAGGUCUCACACUAAACUGCUUAGGUCGCAAGGAAGAAGCCUAUGAUCAUGUACGUCGUGGCCUUAGAAAUGACUUACAAUCUCAUGUUUGUUGGCAUGUUUAUGGGCUGCUGCAAAGAUCUGACAAAAAAUAUGAUGAAGCAAUCAAAUGUUAUCGAAAUGCUCUCAAGUGGGAUAAAGACAACAUUCAAAUUCUUAGAGAUUUAUCCUUAUUACAAAUUCAAAUGCGUGAUCUAGAAGGUUAUAAAGAUACAAGGUAUCAGUUAUUUAUGUUAAGACCAACACAAAGAGCAUCUUGGAUUGGAUUUGCUAUAUCAUAUCAUCUUUUAAAAGAUUAUGAAAUGGCCCUUAAAAUUUUAGACACAUUUAGAAAUUCUCCAAUGAUAUGCUACGAUUAUGAACACAGUGAAUUGCUACUUUAUCAAAAUCUGGUUAUUCAAGAAUCAGGGGACAGUGAACAAGCAUUAAAACACCUUGACAAACACUGCGAGCAAAUAUGUGACAAGAUUACAGUAAAAGAAACUUAUGGUAAAUUAAGACUUGAAUUAGGACAAUAUGCUGAAGCAGCACAAGUAUACCAAGAUCUUUUACAUAUCAAUCCUGAAAAUACAUUAUAUUACAUGAAGUUAUCAGAAGCUCAGAGACAUACUAAUGCUGAAGAAACAUUAAAAAUGCUUGAAUAUUGUGAAACUAUCUUUCCUAGAGCAUUAGCUCCUCGACGCUUACAACUUAAUUAUGCCUCUGGAGAAAAAUUCAAAGAGUUGGUUGACCGUUAUUUACGAAAAGGUCUUCAUAAAGGUGUGCCACCUUUGUUUGUUGAUUUACGUUCUUUAUAUACAGAUCAAAAUAAGGUUGAUACUAUACAGUCCUUAGUCUUACAAUAUAAAGAUGCAUUAAAGGCACAUGGGCAUUUUAGUGAUGAAGACAAAGAUAAACCACAAGAGCCUGCUUCAGCACUUUUAUGGAAUUAUUAUUAUAUUUCUCAACACUACGAUUUCUUAGGUUGUACACAAAAAGCACUUGACGAAAUUGAUGCUGCUAUAUAUCAUACUCCUACACUUAUUGAACUUUUUGUUACCAAAGGACGAAUUUACAAGCAUGCUGGAGAUGUUCAAGAAGCUUAUAAAUGGCUUGAUGAAGCACAAGGCUUAGACACUGCUGAUCGUUACAUUAAUUCAAAAUGUGCUAAGUAUAUGUUACGUGCAAACUUAGUAAAAGAAGCAGAAGAAACUUGUGGCAAGUUUACAAGAGAGGGUGUUUUGGCAAUGGAAAAUCUUAAUGAAAUGCAGUGUAUGUGGAUUCAAACAGAAGCAGCAAAUGCGUAUAAACGUUUGGGAAAAUAUGGUGAAUCAUUAAAAAAAUGUCACGAAGUCGAUAGGCACUUUUCGGAAAUAAUUGAGGAUCAAUUCGAUUUUCAUACCUACUGUAUGCGCAAAAUGACUUUACGUUCCUACGUGGGCCUCCUGAGGUUAGAAGAUGUGUUGCGUUCGCAUCCAUUUUACUUCAAAGCAGCAAAAUGUGCAAUAGAAGUUUAUCUUCGGUUACACGAUUAUCCAUUACCAGAUCCCACGAAAACACAAGAAAUCGACACUGAAAAUUUGGCGCCAUCUGAGUUAAAAAAGUUAAGAAAUAAACAAAGAAAGCAACAGAGAAAAGCCGAAUUGGAAAGGCAACAAGCAGCUCAAGCACAAGAAAAAAGGGAACAGCACAAUAAAUCAAGACAGCAAACAGAUCCUGAUUUAGAGCAACCGACGCUAGACGAGCUGAUACCAGAAAAAUUAGAAAGGAUCGAGGAUCCAUUAGAACAAGCUAUUAAAUUUCUCCUUCCCUUACAAGAAUUAGCUGCAAAUAAAAUAGAAACUCAUCUCAUGGCUUUUGAAAUAUAUAUUCGAAAAGGUCGAACCCUACUAAUGCUCCGAUCGGUAAACCGUGCACAUCGUUUAGAACCUAACAAUCCUGAACUGCACAGUUGUCUCGUACGUUUCCUUCGUCACACAAGCACUUCUAAUCACGGCAGUAUCGUCAAUGAAGUCAUUAAACGCCAAUCGACUGGCAUUUUCUCGAAUACAAAUGCUUUUCAAUUGAAUUCUGAUUAUUUAAUUAAGAACUCAAAAUCCUUGCCACAUUUAUUGCAGGGUGCACGAAUGCUCUACCUACUAGAUCCUACAUCUCAGCAAAAGGCUAUUUCACUAACGACAAAUUUAGAUUCUAAUCUUAAGGCCGUGAACCUUGAAAAUUGCACGAAAAUACUGGAGGCACUGCGUAACGGAGAUUUUGGACUUUGCGAGCAGGCGAUAGCCGACUAUACGAGCAAAUGUCACGAGCGUUUCCCAUACGCAACAGCUUUCCACCCACCUGAAUCGAAACAACAACAUCAACAGCUUCUCAUUAAUCAUCAAGAAAGUAAAGAACAGCAACAGCAGCCUCCAUCGAAUAAGUACUGAUCCUAGCAGGGCGAAUCCUGCUCAUGCUACUGUCUUACCAAUGAUCUGCAAUGUAGCUAGGCGAAACUUAUGGAGGGAUAAAACGUGUGUAUAUGCGCAAGAAGUAUGAAUGUUAAGUGUUUAUGAAUUUGAGAGAUAGAUAGAUAGAAAGAGGGAUGAGAGAGGAAAAAUAGGCGGGCAAGCAGAUAGACAGAAAAAGACCAACAAGCAAAUAGUGAAAGAAAAGUAAUACAAGCUAAAAAAAAGAAAAAGAGGUGAUUACUUGCUCUUUAUUAGUAAGUUCACAAAUGAAAUAAAUAU